AUGUAUCUUUUGGCCACACGGUUCACUGCAGAGGUGUGGGCGGGCGGCUGGGACAGCGCCCUGGAAGAACUGCUGAGCAGCGGUUUCCCUGGCGACGAGGGCUCACGUGGUUUCCCUGGUGACGAGGCGUCACAGGGGGGCGAUGCCGCACAGGAGGGGAGGAGCCCCACCGUGACGGACGGAAGCCCCGCCCACAGGUCCCCGGUGCCGUCCAUGGAGGCGGGGCCUUGCACUGUGCUCUGCGGCGGCUGCGGGGGGCGUGUCAGCGAUCGGGUCAUCCUAUUGGCCGCGGGGCGGGUGUGGCACGGGGCGUGUCUCCGCUGCAGCCUGUGUCAGUGUGAGCUGCAGUCGCACGCCUCCCUCUACUGCCGAGACGGAAAGAUCUACUGCCAGCACGAUUACUGCAGGUUGUUCAGCGUGGGGAGGUGUGCUCGCUGCUCCCAGCCAAUCCCGUCGUCCGCUCUGGUUAUGAGGUCAGGGGCGCUGACCUUCCACCCUCACUGCUUCUCCUGUCAGGAGUGUGAUGUCACUUUGCUCCCUGGAAAUCUGUACUGUGCACGUGGGCGGAGCUUGUACUGCCAAUCACACUACCAGGCUGAUGGGAGAGCACGUCCUCCAGGUCCCGACCAACUCAGACAAACAGACAGAGAAGGGGAGGGGGAGGAGUCAGUCAGCAGCCCUGAGCCCCGAUUGGAGGAUGGAGCAGCAGGGGGCAGGGCUCGGGGGAGGACCAAGCGAAUCAGGACGUGUUUCCGGAGUGAGCAGCUGAGGGCCAUGGAGUCAUAUUUCGCCCUCAAACACAACCCGGACGGCAAGGACUGGACCUGUCUCUCGCACCGAACCGGGCUCCCGAAACGGGUGCUACAGGUGUGGUUUCAGAAUGCCAGAGCCAAACUCAGACGUUCCCUCCCAGCAGACGAUUCGCAGAGCAACUCCCCUGCCGCCAUGGCGACAAUGCCUGCGUCCAUGGCAACCUCCCAACCAUCACAGGCUCUCCAAACCAGCACCAUCGACCAAUUGGAGCUCUCCCUGCUGACAGCGCCCCUGAGCGACACGCCCCAAAGUCCCAUUGGCCAGCCCAGGGGAUAUAAAGACUCUUUCCUCCUGGACUACAAUUCCCAGAGUCCACCAAGGCUCUCUCCAUUAAUGACCCUCGACUUUGGGGAGGCCAGUUCAGGAAGAGAGGGAGAUUGCAACAAGACGCCUCAGCAAUAUUAUUGUUAG